UAUCGUUAAUCUUGAAACUUUGAUUGACAUCUUUGUAGAAAUAUUUUUAGAAUUAUUUUAUCAUAGAAUGAUCAUUGAAUAAAUUGUAGAAUUCGACAUAUUAACUAUAUAAUGAAUGAAAUGAAAUGAUAAUAUAAUGAACCAUGAUGGAUGUGCAAAGUUGUUCAAAAUUUCAUUACGAAGAAAGAGUAACAAAAGUAAAUUAUCGUUACAGUAGUAUGCGUUGUAUAAUUCAAUCAGUCAUAUGCUUGUAUUUCUCAAAAAAGAUAAAACUUUAAUGUCCAUUGAAUAUCAUAAAGAGUAUUUAAGUGUUUUAUAUAUUUUUGUAUAUUACUUAUAUCCAUUUCUUCACUUUCAAAUUUUCUAUAAAUGCAUAAAAAUAUAUAAUCUAAUAACGACAUGUAAUAUAUGUAAUCUAAUUACUUAACCAAAUUUUCGCAAUCAUAUUAAAACAGUAUGGAUAAUGUAAAAGCCGUACAAUUCCGUAAUACGUAUUUUGAAGAUACUCAAGAUGUGAAGAUAUUCUGAGUUAUUUUUUAGAUUUUUAGUCUAAUUUAUCUCUCAUCUUUUUCUCCUAAUAUUUUUAAUUCAAAAGCACAGUUGCGAAAUACGUAUAUAUGCUGUUUAUUUGGAAUUUCAUUAGUAAAUUACACGAGGCAAAUCAAAAAGUACAGAAAAGAUAAAACGCAUAAUCAUUUGUGCGUAGUUUAUUAUAAUUCCGAUGAAUUAAUCAUUUAUUAAUCUGUAUGUUUCUGAAUCUUCUGUCUUAUCAUCAUGGACUUUGACAAUUAUAGUAAAAAGAAAUUAAAAUAACCUAACCGGAUUAUUAUUACUGGAUCUUCUUACAUUUACAAUAUACAUCUUCUUAUAUUUACAAUAUAAUGCGAGACUCGCUGAGCAAUAUGCGGCAUUACCUGGGAAAACUGUGGCCAAAACUGUGCCAUUGUUGAAUUACUAUUCGAUAAUAUAGUCCAUUAUCAACAUAGAAUUAAUUAUUUAUUCUGAAAACCUAUGCACUAUUCUUGUAAUAGUGCUCGUAAUAUUCAAAAUAAUAAAAUUGCUUAUAUUAAACGUGAAACAUAACGUUCAAUAUUUAUUUAUAUAACCGACAUAUGAUACGUGGCUAUAGGUGCAGUUUAGAUCAUAUGGCAAGUAUCUCUUUUCUUGAGUGGUAUAGAUUUGAUUGUUUCGUAAGCUUAUAAUAUUCAACCUUCCGGACAAUAAGUUCCGCGUUACGUUGCACGUUAUGAUUUAUUCAGUUUUGUUACUUUACAUUUGUUUUAUUCAAGACGAUUUUUAUACAGAGUGGACCAGCUAAAUGGACUUAUCCAUUGCUUCCUUAUCUAUUGCUGUAUGAAAAAUCUUCUCAGGACAAAGUUAUAUUAUCUCAGGCGAUACGUAUAAUUGUGAAAAUUGCAAUUACAGUGUAAAAAAUGUUCGUACAAUAAUUAAUUUAAACAAAAAUAUUAUAGAUCGUUUACUAACAAAAUUUAAAGAAAUAAGAAAUAUGUUCUUAUAAAUCCGCAAAAUAAUUUUCAUAAAAAAAAGAUGGAAUAUCUAUAUCCUUUGGGAAAAUAUUAACAAAUACCUAGAGGAUGCGAUGAAAUGAUGGAUAUCUAAAAAUAUAUGUGUAAUAAGUAUUCGUAUAGUCACGGUUUAAUAGGAAAAACUAAUAACACAACAAAUAUCUUGGAGAGGAAAUUGCUAGGUUUCAUUAUAUUAAUACCUAAUGGAGCUUUCUUUCGAUUUUAUUAUGGUUUGAAACUGUUAUGGAAUUAAAUUUAUCAAAUUGAUGAGUUGUCUACUUGAAAUAUUUUUUCAUUCUUUUAAAAGAGUUCCCUUUAAAUCAUUUCUUGAUGAAAUAUGAUGAUUCCGAUUCUUUUCUAUCAGGUGGUCCCAUACAUUUUCUAUAAUAUUUGUAUUUGGAGACUGUGAAACUGCUUUUAACUGUUUCCGAACAUUAUAUAAGAUCCACGAUCGCGUAUUAGUAACAUUGGAUCGUUAUCUUACAUCAUUAUGAAAUUGUUGUUCAGAGCCACUUUUUCUGCGCUUUAAUACAGAUUAUUUUUUAAAACAUCUACGAUGUAUACUUUAUCCUAUGAAGCGAAAACUGUGCGGAUACUUAUUGUGCUUACAGGGUCAGAUUGAAUAACAUGUAAAAACAAACACAACGUGAUUCCUUAUGUAAAAAUAAGAAAGAAGUAUAAAAUAAAAUUUUUUCAUUUUCAGCUUAAUUUUUGAGAAAAUUAAGUUUGAAGAUUUAUCAAGUAUUCUUGAAUAUGGCUUAUUCCGGACUGGACAGGACUAAAUAAUCGACAGCAGCUCGUUCCACGUGUGAAAAUAAGUCGAAAAUAUAGAAUAAGAUGUGUUAAUUUGCGUAUGAUAAAUUUCCAAAUCAUUUUUUCUCGGAAACAAAGCUCCUUAUGAAAGAAUUUUAUUCUACAUUUUCGACUUAUUGUCACGCUUUUAUGUGCCCGCUUUUACAUGUUAUUCGGUCGGAUUGUAUAGUUUUGCCAUUUGUUAGAUAUUUAUUCAUACUUUCAGAACAGAAACGAGUAUCGCAAUCUUUUUUCAUUUUUUGAAAAUUAUUCUAGAGACUUAGAAGAACAUGUAAGAACAUGUAUACAGGACGUUCCGUUUAAGUAAGAACAGUGGAAUAUCUCAUAAGGGGUUAGUUAUUAAAAAAAUGUUGUAACAAAAGCUGCUUGAUUCGAAAGAUGACAUCUUCUGGUUGAAAUUAUUUCUUACAGAUUAGAGUAGUGCAGGGGUUUUAAGGUCAACUUUAUUUUGUUAAAUGGAGUCAUAUAUUUUGUAAUACAUUAGCCAUACAUCUUGGAAUUCUUUAUAAAAAGGUAUUAAUCUAUUUAUGUCAAAAAACUAUUAGUCUACAGAUAUUUUAGUUUUAAUUUGUCGUAUGACGAAUGUUGUCUUUGUCUUUCAUACAUUAAAACAUAAAGAUAAGGGUAUCUCUUCGCAUCUUUCCUUGCCUUUCGUACGACAUUACAGAAAUGUUAGAAUUAAAGUAUUUGCUAGGCUAAUAAAUUAUCGAUAUAAUUAGGUUAAUAGUUUUGUAUAAGGAAUACUGAGGUGAAUGGAUGAUGUAUUAGAAAAUAUAUGAUAUACUGUAAUCUUGCUCGAAUGUUGCUAUCUAUGUAUGUAGUAUCGACAUGAUGACUAUUCAGCACAUUAUUGGAUAUGUAUAAGGACAGUGAUUAAACAGAAGAUUGUGAGACCGUUGGCUGUUUGACCUCUUUUCGUUAAAUUUUUAUCUAUGAGAUAAACUAAAAUAUACAGCGUAUCAUAACAAAUAAACAACGCCAGAGAAUAUCAAGCAGAGAAUUGUAGCUGCAUGUACAUCCAUAAAAUCGCAGGAAAUAGAAAAUUGAUUGAAGAAAAUUGAAGAAUUGAUUAAAACAAAAAACAGAUUUGGGUUAAAAUGAACCUGCAUUCGUUAGCCGAGAUUCAAAGAUUCCAACUAUGUAUUGAACCAAAGGGCCAUCAUUUUGAGCAUCUACAGCCUUAGGAAUUGUCAAUGAAUUGUAUGAGAAACGUAUCUUCUGCUAUCGUAUCUAUUUUAAAUAACAGCCAAUGCUUAUCUUCGGAUAACAAUAUGUCAAUGUUGGUGUCCGAAUACCCUGUGAAUCUUUAAUUGUUCUCAGACACAAAUAUUUCAAGAUUAAAUGAUCUGAAUAAUAUGAUUGUUAAAGUCCUUGAAUUUGUUUUUUCCACGUUCUACAAGGAUAUCGAAGACGAAUAUAAAUAAAAAUACUAAUGGCUCUGAAAUCUCGUAUAACAAAUGACCAUGAAAAAUAUUACCCUUACACAUGUGUCUUGAAAUGAAAUGAAAUUUUGUCUUGAGAAAAUUUUUCCUAUUGCAACAAAUAAGCCAAGCAUGUAGGUGAUAUAAUUUAGAUGACCUACCCUUUAUAUGUAGUUAUGAAGAGGGUCCUUGAAUUUUUUCCGAUUGAAUGUAAGUUCUUGAUGAUGAAAUGGUAAGAUUGUAAAUUAUCAUAUCAAGAGGCGAUAACCGAUGUGACAUCAGCAUUGUGAUGCUGUUCCCUUAUCUGCGUCAAAAUGUCUUAAUCCAUUAAAGACCGCUCAAUAGUUUAUCAAAAUGUUAUAAAUACUUUCGUUUCUUUAAAUUUCAUAAAAUUAUAGAAUCCAAAUGAAAGAAAUAAUGACGAAGGAAAUAUUAAGCGAAUCCUUGGAAUUCCUUUUUGUAGUUAGAAUUUUAAUAAAUAUAUGUAAAAUAAAUGUAAAACGAAAGUUGCAAGUGAAAUUUUGCGCUAACUUUCGUUCGUAAUGGAUUAAGUUAAGAAUGAAUAAUGCAUUAAUAAGCUGAAUGGUAAUUAUAAUAAGCUGAAACUUGAAUAAACGGUUGUAAUUUCUUAACUUCACUUAGCUGCUUUGGUCGUCGUUUUUGUUUUUUUAUUUUCUACGUAUUAUUGAGAAACUUUAUUUAUUAGUAUUAAUUAUUAUUGUUAAUUUAAUUAUUAUUGAUGUUUGUAAUUAUCUGUUUUGUGAUAAGCUGAGAAAUUCUUUUAUUAUUAAUAUAUUUUUAUUUAUGUAUCUCUGAAUCAUGUAUGAAUGUACUGGUAUUGAACUUAAGGCGACACGUUUCUAAAAAAGGAAAUCUCAUCCGUUAGUUGCAAUUUCGCUCGACUGCAUCGACCCGUUAAAAGCGUCGGAGAUGGAGCGUAAAUAGUGCAUGGUCCAACAACCCUGAAAUUAUGGCUUCCAGUAUGAUUGAUAUAGUUUCAACACGUUUGCAAGAAGUGUAUGCAAAAUGGAACCGCAGAACGGAGAUAAAGCGAAACCCAGAAUCGGAUACAGUUCGGUUUUCGACAAAGGAACUUCGGCGAACUGGUCAACAAAUGUAUAAAAAAAAGUUACAAGAUAAAGAACAAGCAAGAAAAGUUCGGGAAAGUUCUUUAUUUCAAAUCAAGGAGACUGAACCAUUAAUCCCUACUGUCACAGAAAGCUCUUUAUUUCUACACUAUUGCUGCAACAGUUGCACUCCAUCAUCUAGAAAUUCAUUAGUAAAUACUGUUAGUAAGCAAUAUGCGCCUUUUGGUACAAAUGUCCUAUUAAUGGAGUCACAUCAAUCGCUAUUCCAUAGAAUAUUACCUCGUGCGAUACGCGUUUGUUCUUUUAAAGAACACGAUUAUUCAAGGGAAUCAAUUCUAGAAAGUGACAAUUUAAAAGAAGCAACAAAACUGGUUGCUUCUGAAAUAAUUAAGGAUGAGGGUUGUAGUGAAACAGUUGCCCUGGAAAAAGCAAAAGAGAGAGCCAAGACCAUACUAACACAAAUGGAAAGCAAACCAAACAAUCUUUUCAUUAGAAUUACAUCAUGGAUUACUUAUGUACUGUUACCAUGUUUUAUGCAGUCUGUUAUAAUAUUACCAUCUCAAAUAGAAAUGUUAAAAAAAGCAAAUGAGACUGGUCUUCCUGUGAUAUUACUUCCUUUACAUCGUAGUCAUAUGGAUUAUUCUAUAAUUACCUUCCUUCAUGUAAUGUAUGGUAUUAAAUGUCCAUUAAUUGCAGCUGGGGAUAAUUUAAAAAUGCCAUUUUUUGGGAAGCUUUUGCAAGGUUUGGGCGCAUUCUUUAUAAAACGUCGAAUUGAUCCUGUCAUAGGCCGCAAAGAUAUUCUUUAUCGUGCCAUUCUUCAGACAUACAUACUGCAAAAAUUAAAAGAAGGUCAUAUUAUAGAAUUCUUUUUAGAAGGUACACGUACAAGAACUGGUAAACCAUGCAUGCCAAAAGGUGGCAUUUUGAGUGUCAUUCUUGAUGCAUACAUGGAGGGAAUUAUUGAAGAUGCAAUGAUAGUACCUGUUGUACCAAAUUAUGAACGUCUUAUUGAUGGAAAUUUUGUUCAAGAGCAUCUAGGUCAACCAAAGAGGAAAGAAACAUUUAUAUCUACAAUGAAAGCCAUGUUUUCUACUUUAUUAACAAAUUAUGGAAUUAUGAAAAUUGAUAUUUGUCAACCCUUUUCACUUAAGGAAAUGUUAAAGUCUUUCCAAAAUCAAUCAAAAUUGAAUGGAGUAAAAAUAUCUCCUGCUGAAAAGCCUUUAAAGUCGACAGUAUCUAGCUCAUCGUUAUAUGGUACAGAUGUAGUUGCAGAAGAAUACCGUCAACUGGUUGACAGUCUUGCACGGCAUGUUGUAUAUAAUUGUAGUGAUGCAAUGCCAAUAAUGUCGACUAACGUUGUUGCGUUCAUCCUUCUAUAUAUAUUUCGAGAUGGUUGUACCUUGGAUGAAUUAGUUGAAGCAUUUGAUUUCAUAAGACACCAGUUAGAAAGUCAUACUAAAAACAUUGCAUUUUGUGGAGAAAAUAUUGAUAUCAUAAAUCAUGCUUUAGACAUCUUAGGUCCAGAUUUAGUAAAACUACAAAAUCAAGAAAUUAUAGAAACAGCUGAUAGUCAGCUAACUCAAUCAAAUUUCGUUACCGUAAUCCGUCCUAUGUCGUUUCUACCAAAUGUAAUCGAACUAUCUUAUUAUAGUAAUACAGUGGUAACAUGUUUUGCUGUGGAUAGCAUAGUAGUAACAGCUUUGUAUGCAAUACAAUCACAAAUGAAUGAUCCUAUAGCUCUUGCUCAAAACAAUAUCAUAGUGUCUCAAGAUCUUUUGGUAGAAAAAUCACUUAAACUUUGUGAUAUUUUUAAAUACGAAUUUAUUUUCUGCAAGCCAUGUCAGGAAUUAGAACGCGUUAUUAUAGACACUGUAGUAAAUCUCUCACAUAAAGAGAUUAUUAUUUUACAAGAAGAAUCUUAUUUAGAAGAGGAACUAUGGAGUAAAAGAUUCGCAAAAAAUUUUGAUGAUAGUUCAGAUGAAGAAUAUCUUAAUAAGAAUAGCUCUAAAAGUAUUCGGUACAAAUUAAAUUUAAUAUCGGAACAUGCAAAACGUGUGGAAUAUCUUCACAUAAUGUUGCAACCUUUAGUAGAUGUUUAUACUUUUACUAUUUUGUCUCUUAAAGGAUUAGUAGGUCAAUCGCUAAGCGAGAAAGAUUUAAUUCAAAAAAUUUUAAAUGACAUAAAGGCGAAUAUAGAUCAUGGCAUAAUAAAAUACAGUGAAUGUUUAUCUAUUGAUUCAAUAAAGAAUGCCCUCAAAUUAUUUGAAAAAUGGAAUAUCUUAGAAUGUUAUCCACAAGAGAAUGUUAAAAUUUUCUACCUGAAAGAUCAAUAUGAUACAGAUUCGGCUGUAAUGAAAAUCUACGAUAUAAUAGCAGCUUUCAGAUGGACUAAAAAUACAAAUGAAAAAAAAAAGAUGAUUUUGAAUGAAUUUCUAUAAUGUACUACUUUUUUAUAUCAACGAAUAACUUGCUAUGAAAAAC